AUGAAUUAAAUUUAAAAUAACACAAACUAUUUAUUAAACUUAAAAGAUUCUAUUAGAAUACUUUAGACUGAACCGCAAUUCAGAGAUGAGGAAUUUCUAAAAAUAGUUGAAUCAGUACUAAAUAAAUAACCUUUUACCUCAUAUUUCAAAGGAUUAAAUAAACAACAAAUAAACAAUAUUGCCAAAAGAAUUAAAAUUUUAGUGAUCCCUCCCAACGCUCUUUUUAUUUCUAAAGGGACUUUGCUUGAUCGCUUCUUUAUAGUACUAGAAGGAUAUGUUAGUGUUAAUUAUGGAGUAAUGGAUAACCAUUAAUUAAAAUAUCUAUUUAUAGGCGAUAGUAUUGGAUCCUAGUCUUUGAUAUAUCAGCAAUCAGCUAAUUAUUAAGCACACGCUGGUUCAGCAGGAUGUGUUUUAGCCUUUUUAGAAAAAUAAGACUUCAAUCAGGAUGUGAAGUUAGGUGAAAUGAUUAGAAUAUAAAAAUAUAUAUCUGCGAUGAAGAAGAUUGAUUUGCUAAAACCAUUUAAUGAGGAGCAGAUAUAAUAAAUAUUUUUUGCAUCAAAUCUUAUCGAGGUGAAUAAGAAUGAGUAUGUGUAUAGUUUUAAUUAGCCAUCGAAGGGAUUCUAUUUUGUUAUUCAAGGAUCAGUCAAAGUAUUUAUUAAAAACACUCCUAUUAACGAUUUAACAAUUGGAAGUAAUAGUCCUAUAACUUAACCUAAAGAUUCUUUUACAACAAUAAAAGAAUUAGGUGAAGGGGAUUAUUUUGGUUACUAUGAGUUAAUUGAAAAAUACUCUAAAAGGAUAUAAAAUGUACUUUGCUCCUCGAAUAAGACAAAGCUUAUUUAUUUAUCUAAUGGUAUUUUUUGGAAAUAUUUUAGCCUACCUUAAAGCAAACGAUAAUUGGAUUAUCUUUCCAAUUUAGCUAAAAAAGAAAAAAGCCUUUAAAAAAAUACAAAUCGCUAAUAUUUUUCGCAAGAAAAACCCACAAAAUAAAAUGAGGUUUAAGGAGUUGAUUGCAUAAAAUCAUUUAAACUCAAUAUUUAGCAAUUAAAUACUCCAAGUUUUUCAGAAAGUAGUGAAAGCUCUCUCAGAUUGACUAAUCGAAAAUUCUUAGGUAUUUAAGAAAAUCUCUCCUCAAUGAGUGAUAGAUUUAGAAAUAACUAAUCUCCUGUUUCUAUUUUUAGGAAAAUUGUUAAAAAUGAGAAACUUUAAGAAAGAUUAUUUGAUAGCCCUGAUCAAUAAUUGAUGACUUUUGGAGAGAAUACUGAAGGAUUAAAGAAUUUAACUAAAGAAAUUUGUAAUUAAAAAAUAAACUAAUCAAAUGUAAAAGAUGUUUCAACAAUAACUCCGUUUUCUUACUAAGAUGAUUAUUUUUAAGAGCUAUUAAAAAAAGAAAAUACUUCUUAAAAUAAUUUAAAUAUUUUAGAAUAGGAGACUGAAACGGCUGACAUUCUUCCGUCCACUCCUUAAGCUAUGAAGAUUAGAUAAGAAGUGCUAAAAAAAUAAACAGAAUAAUUAUGUGAAGAUGAAACCAACUUGAUAUCAGAAUUCUAAAUAAACUAUUUAAAAGAAUCUUAAACUAAAUUUAGCUAAAAUUCUAUAUCUGAAAACAGUAACCAAAGUACUAUAAAUUUUAGUAGUUCAAGAUUGAUACAACAAAUUGAUUAAACUUAAUUAAAUACAUAAUUAUAAAAGAAUUAAUAGAACGAUUAGCAAAAAAGAUCAGCAAGCUUAAACUCUUUCUAACAAAAUAUUAACAACCUUUCAUCUUAACAAGAAAAUAGAUUUAAAGAAUUAUAACCAAGAAUAUUAAAUUAUAAUUAUAAAGUAGUUUCGUCUAACUCCCCUUUGAAAAUUGUUGCCUUAACUAAAAAUAACAGUUCUAAAAAUGAUGAAAUUGAAAAUAGUACAGUGGCUCUCUCUCCUUCAUUGAGAUUAAAUGUAAGUAGAAUGUCAUCUAUAAGGAAAGAUAUUUCAUAAACCUAAACUUUUCUUACUGAGAAGCGUAGCACAGUAAUAAAAUACACUUAAAUGUGCAACAAUCCAAGACAUAAAAAGUCUAUGUCAAGUUUUUUUAAAUAAAAAGGUGAUUUGAGCUAAAGUUAGCAAUUAUAAAAAGAAUUUAAAUAAGAGCAAAGUUCUCUUUUAAAAAGUCCUUAAAAGUAUAAAAUCCAAAAUAUAAGCAAAUUUACAGAGUUAUUCAGCAAAAGUACUAAGGUAUAGAAACAAAAUUCUUAAAUUAUUGAUCAUAAAGAAUCUUAUAAGGAAGCUUAAAACUAGAAUUUACUUAAGAGUUAGUAGUUGAGUAGUAUAUUAAAUAUAAGUAAUAUUUUACAACCAAAUUCAGUAGCUCAUAACCGUUUUGAAUUGAAUUUGUAAACUGGUUUGAAAACCAGUACUAACUUUUUAAAAAGCCCAUUAAAAAAUGAGACCUUCUAUUUAAAAAAAUGUAACGAAAUAUCAACAUAUAGAAGCAUUUAAGAAAAUUAAAAUACUAAAAGAGAUUCUUAAGAAAGAGUAAAAGAAUAAGAUAAAAGAAUAGUAGGACAAAAUAUAUUUAAAUAAAAAAUUAUUUCAAAAGCUUAAGAUUCUACUUAAAGUAAUGGGCUUGACUCUAAAAUACAAAGAUCAAAUAGUCAUUAACUAAAGAAACAAAUUAAUUAAAAAAUAGAAAUUCUAUCUUCAAAUAUGAAUUAAAUUAAAUUAAAGCAUCCAUAAUUUAAUAAUUUUACAGAUUAUAUUUAAUAAAGUGCUUUGAUAGAAAGCUGA